GAGAACCAGUCUGUUUUCCAAACAACAACAACAACAAAUAGCAUAAAUUAGGAAUCCGCCUCCUAAACGUUCUAUUUCACACCCUUUACUCUUAAAAGAUGUCUUCACAAAUCCAGAAUUUACAAAAACAGCUUUUGCAGCUUCGACAGGAGGCAAAUGUGCAAAGGAUUCCAGUCUCACAAGCUAUUGAAGAGAUUUUGAAGUACACUACUCAACACGCACAUGAUGAUGCUUUGGUUGUUGGAGUCCCACAGUCAGAAAACCCAUUUAAAGAUCCUAAGGGAUGCCUUAUACUCUGAUUAUAUGUUGUAAAUGUAAAUUAUGUCUUAGCAGUAGAAAAUUUAUUGUGGAUCCAGGACCAGUGGAUAUAUGUCAGCCUGUGUGUAUUGAAUCUCAGAAUGUUAUCUACGCAAUAUGAUGGAUAAGAGAUAAUUUCAAGAAAAAUUUCUGCAAGCUUGUUAUUGUGAAAUUUAGUGCCAGUGUACAUUUGUAAUUGACGCCAUUUUGUUUGGUAAUGAAUGACUAUAAAAAUAUGUUAGUAGUACUUUCUCUUGAUAUUACUGUACCUUUGGCAUCAUGUCAUACUAAGAAUUUCAGAUUUUUUUUCAUAUUCACAAAAAGAGAGAAAUAUUUUUAAUCCUAUAUUUUAAUUACAAAUUCACAGUGAACAUUCUUUGCUUACCAAAUUAUGAAAAUUAUGAAAGAUCUGGACUAGUUUUCGCUAGAGGGGGUACAGGUUGAGGAGAGGGGGGUGGGGGUAAGGGUCCAGGGCCCUUGGGGGAAAUGUUUAUGGAAUUUUAAACGAAAAAAAAGUUACUUUCUGUUACAAUUUUGUAGUAGUCAAAAGAUAACGGGGAUAAAAAGUUGUUUGACAGCAAGUAAUUAUCUUUUAAUCUGUUGCAACACGCGGAGUCAAAUGUUUAACAAUACUGCAGGGUGAAUGAUUUACCUCUCUUUACUUUCAUAUCAGAUUGUCGGAUGUUCAGCAUUUUGUUUUCUACAGUUGAAGGAAUUUUCAGUAUGUUAUUUAUGUUUUUGCAUUUAUAUCCUAAAUUUUUUCAUGUGCAAUACAGAAGAUAUAUAUAUAUAGUUUGAAUCAAAAUCGAAUUUUGAAAAAUAUGAAAAAAAGGUUUGCUUGUGUUCAUACAAUACUGCUACUUUAUUGUCUAAGUGCAAUGUUUAAACAAAAAUAUUAUAAGCAAACAAAGACUUGUUAAAACAGAUUUUUGUUUUAACUGACAGGCUCACUGUUUGUGAAAUCUUUAGUACUGUCUAGCUUACCUGAAAGAUGCACAGAGAUUAAAAGGGUUUUCGUAUUUGAACAAAGUCAUUUCACUUUUGAGAAUAUUUAAAGCAAAUGAGGCUUCUAAGUUUUUAAAAAGAAAUAAGAUUUAUGGUAUUUAAAACAGAAUUUGUUUCUUUGAUAACACAGAUUCAUAAAAUACAUAAUCAUUUAUCAUACAUAUUACAUGCACAUUGCUAGCUACUAGUAUAUUUUGUUUAUGUCUGUUUUAUAAAAUUAGCUGCUGUGAAAGCUGUAUCUUUUAUGCUGCUUUUAAGACAAUCUCUACUUUUACACAAACAAUACUUUUUGACCAAAGAAUUGCAUAUACAGUCAUAUCACAUAAAAUUGAUAUGAGCCGCACCAUGGGAAAACCAACAUAGUGGCUUUGCGACCAGCAUGGAUCCAGACCAGCCUGCGCAUCCGCGCAGUCUGGUCAGGCUCCAUGCUGUUCGCUUUUAAAGCCUAUUGGAAUUGGAGAAACUGUUAGCGAACAGCAUGGAUCCUGACCAGACUGCGCGGAUGCGCAGGCUGGUCUGGAUCCAUGCUGGUCGCACACCCACUAUGUUGGUUUUCCCAUGGCACGGCUCAUAUAUCUUAUCUAUGUAUCUAUCUCUGGAUAUUGCCAACGCCUUGCUUUCAUUUUUGUCCGAGAUUGUUUUUAUUUGUGCAAUAUAACUGCAAUAAUAUCACAUAACAUGAAAUCUGUAUAGGGGUACAUUUGAAGUUGAUAGAUUUUACCAAGUAAUCCAGCCGAAACUAUUUUGCAUCAGUUUUUCCCUUUAGUGGUACAUAUAUUUUGUUCAGUUUCAAAUGAUUUGUUAAAGGAAAUAUUGGGAAAUAUUUUUAAGGAAUUUUUUAUUUAUCAUUGUCAAUACUUUACUUUUUGUAGUUUAUUUUGUAUAUUGAUUUGUACUGACACACUUCGGAAUUGUGAAGUUUUUGAAUCAAGUUUUCAGCACAAAAACGCUCGCCUUACGUAUGCCAUUAUUUUGACAAAGGCUGCAAAGCCGUUAGGUUAUGAUGUUUAUAUGCUGAAAUACUCACUGUUGAUGUGCCAUUUCCCAAGUUGAUAGACUACUAAAGUAGUUGAAUGAUAUUUAAAUAGACACUAGCUAGCUGUGUCCCAUAAAUUUUAUUUUUGGAAAAGGUUUCACAGCAGAUAUAAAUCUACCACUCUCGCUGUUGCCUUUGAAGUUAUCUCACUUUUCGUAUCAGUAUUGCACUAUAUUAACCUGUUUGAAGCUUUACAUGUACGACAGUGAUUGAAAUUUUUGCUUUAAAAGUAUGGAUUUCUUGUAGCAGUUUAGUGUCUAGUAAGCAUACUUUAAGCAAAGGAUUCCUUGUCAGUUUGUUUUUUUCACAUACUUUAUGCCAGGAAUUUAAUACCCUUUAUAUGCUUUGUAGAUGUACUGCUGUUUGACGCAAUCAUCAUAUUUCAAUGUAUUUAAAUUUUCUUAUAUUUUCAUCAGCCCUGUAUAGUCUUUGAGAUACGAGUAGUUAAUAUCAUUGUGCCAUCAAAGCUUAACUGUAAUAGUGCUUAACGGCAGUAAAUUCAUCACAAUGUUUUAGUAGACGUACUCACUCUGCAUUAAAUUGAACAUUAUAUAAUAACCUAAUCUUUUCCUUUUCAAACCCUUGUAGCCGAGUGGUUAAAGUUGCUGACUUUAAAACACUUGCCUCUCACCAAUGUGGGUUCGAGCCUCACUCGGGGCUUUGAAUUCUUCAUGUGAGGAAGCCAUUCAUCUGCCUUACGGGAAGUAGGUGGUUCUACCCAGGUGCCUGCUUUUGAUGAAAUAAUGCACGGAGGGGAACCUGGGGUGUUCCUCAACUGUCAAAGCUGUAAAGUCGCCGUAUGACCUAUAAUUGUGUCAGUGCGACGUUAAACCAAACGAAACAACAAAUUUUCAAAUCUUAUGAAUUUUUGUUUUCUUUUACAUUAUUUAGAUCAGUUUUUUUUUCAAUUUUAGGUAAUGAACCUGUAACAACAAUCUGCAAUUUCUGUUCAGUUAAGUACUAAUGUACUUUCUGUAUGCGAUUUCUGACUAAAGAAAUGGGCUCGUAUGAGCCGUCGUGAAAAAAAGUCAAAAUAGUUUACAGGAAUAGAUGACAGCGUGAAAAUUGCUGAUUGUCGUUUUGGAGUCUACAACUUAUUUUACUAUAGAUGCAAGUAUAUUACUAUAUGAAUGUUACUGUAUGUAUGGGAUGGAAUGCUGGUAUAAUUAUUUAUAGUUUCGUCAUAUCUUAGCGAUGUGCCUGUACAGUUUAUAUAGUGAUUCCAUUUUCAGAUUAAUUUUUAUGUAUUAUUAGUAACAAAUUGUGUAGUAUUCAGUUUUAAUAAAACUUGCCUUUCAA